AUGGGAGUGAACGGCCUGCAGUCCGCGAUUCAGAGCGCGACUGAGCCCUGCAUAAAAUCAUUAGCUUGCCGGUGCCCGCCUCCUGUCGAUAUCAGUACCAUCUCCACAGGUUCAAUACAGGCAUGUGAGCAUGCUCGUGCUCAAGCCAAAUACUCAUGGAUCAUCAUCUGUUCAGAUCUCCUAUAUAAACUCACUUACCUUAUCAUCGGGUCAACAAUCAACUGUCAAAAGCCUGCCAAGAGACGUCCAUACCUAGUAUUGGACGUCAACCAGGACGGAACCUUUACAGCGGUGCCGAUUACUAGUCGGGCAGGGAAGGGAUGGGAGGAAUUGAGCAGGAAGGACCGGCUGAGAUUCCUGCCGAUCGGCAGAUGUCCUGAGGGAAUCUCGAGGCCGGUGGUCAAUCUGGAAAGUGUGACGUCGAGCUGGCGUGGGGAGAGUUCUCUCCUCGCGUCGGAAUCGUUAAUCUUCCUCGACGUCAUCGAGACCUUCCGCCCGGAGGCGAUGUGUGGAUGCCAGGGGAGGGUUUCCGAAGAGAGCCUUCUGCUCGCCAAGUGCGAGUCAGCAAGAAAUCAAUGGGAACCUCAGGUUCAAGGGUCUGACAGUACCAAUCCGUUCUCGAUCUUGGAGAUAGCUCACGGGAAGCAGAAAUUCUAG